AUGUCGACUCACUCCAACAUGGAGCGCCUGGAACCCGUCGAGUCGCCCGUUCGUCGAUCUACCGUCGGCCGCAAAUUCCACGCUAUGUGGAAAGCUGUUGAUCGCUGCGACAAGCAAAUCUCCACGUCCACCUUUGGACGAAUCUUCAGACUCGAGGGAAGCGGUCAUCCUGAGGAGAUCCCCGAUACUUCAUUUUUCAGGGAGAUUCGUGCAGGCGUUACGACCUUUGCGACUAUGGCGUACAUCAUCGCUGUCAAUGCAAUCGUUCUUUCGCAGACGGGCGGCACUUGUGAGUGCGACUUGGUAAAUAGAGCCGACUGCGACAAUAUCGACAGCUACAAGGCCUAUGUUCGACUUGACCUGAUCACCGCGACUGCUGCCAUCGCCGGCCUCGCCAGUUUCAUCUUCGGUUUCUUUACCAACCUACCAGUAGCCCUCGCACCUGGCAUGGGCCUCAACGCAUACUUCGCUUUCCAGGUCGUCGGCCCCAACGGCUCUGGCCACAUUCCGUACCGUGUCGCCCUGACGGCAGUCUUCGUGGAGGGUCUUAUAUUCAUCGUCCUCGCUCUUACAGGAAUGCGCCAGUGGCUUGUCAAGCUCAUCCCCGCUACUAUCAAGACGGCAACCGGCGUCGGUAUCGGCUUCUACUUGACGGAGAUUGGACUUUCUUAUUCGGCCGGCAUCGGUGCCAUUACCGGAGGCUGGAAAUCUACUCCACUCGCCAUUGCGGGAUGCCCUGUUGAGAUGAUCGACCCCGAUACGCAAAUGUGUGCUGGAGGUAUCAUGUCAAGCCCCAAGAUGUGGACGGCAAUCUUCGCCGGCGGCCUUGUUACGGCCUAUUUGAUGUCGUUCCGGGUGAAAUAUGCUCUCAUCAUGGGUAUUGCCCUGGUGUCGAUCUUGUCGUGGCCACGCAACACAUCCAUCACCUACUUUCCCUACAAUGAGGAGGGCGAGAAUCGCUUCAUCUUCUUCAAAAAAGUUGUUACGUUUCAUCCAAUCGAGCACACCCUCAACGCCCUUGACUGGGAUGUCACAAAGAACGGAUCGCAGUUCGCCCUGGCACUCUUCACCUUCCUAUACGUCGAUAUCAUUGACGCCACGGCCACGUUGUACUCCAUGGUCCGCUUUUGCGGCGUUGUCGACCCCAAGGAUGGCGACUUCCCUCGUUCCACCAUCGCCUACUGCUGCGACGCGGCAUGCAUCUCCAUUGGCUCGCUGCUCGGUUGUUCUCCCGUCACGGCAUUUAUCGAGAGUGGCGCGGGCAUCGCAGAAGGUGGCCGCACCGGGCUGACAUCCAUGACUACUGGUCUUUGCUUCCUCAUUUCCAUUUUCUUUGCUCCAAUCUUUGCGUCAAUCCCGCCUUGGGCAACCGGCUGCACGCUCAUCCUAGUCGGUUGCAUGAUGAUUCGCCAGAUUACCCAGAUCAACUGGCGCUACAUCGGCGAUGUUCUCCCAUCCUUUGUCGUCAUGACUUUCAUCCCCUUCUCAUACAGCGUCGCUUACGGCCUUAUCGCGGGCGUUUUCGUGUACACCGUUCUCAAUGGCCUGAUCGCCUUGACUGUCUGGCUCUCUGGAGGUAGAAUCGAGCCCCGCGAGUACGACGCGAAGGAAUACUGGUCCUGGAGAGGCUCCGGCAAGAAGCCCUGGUUCGUGCGCGCUGUCCAUAACAGCUGCUUCAGAAACGGUGACAACGAUAGUAAGCGCCAGUUCAACAUGCAGGACGAACAUGAGAGCUCCUACACUCCGGGUUCGCGCAUGGGUUCAUCGGACCAAAAGGAGGACGGUGUUCAUAUGGUGACGAUCCCACAGCGGGCUGUCACGCCGCGUUCCGUGCACUAA